AUGCGAACUGGCUUGUGUAUAGGCGCAGGCCUAGCUGCAAUCACCCACGUGCAUGCCUUGGCACCGCGCACCCAGGUUGCCGACGAGUACGAUUUUGUCGUGGUGGGCGGAGGUCAAGCUGGUCUCGUGCUCGGAGCUCGUCUGUCAGAAAUUGCGAACUACACCGUCCUCGUGCUGGAGGCAGGGACCAAUGGGGAUGAGUAUCGAGAGCGCAUAGAUACUCCCGCAUACUCUUACUACGAGUCGCUAUGGACGACACCGAUGAAUUGGGCAUACUACACCGUCCCCCAAACCAAUGCCGACAAUCGCGAGGUGGAAUGGCCCCGUGGGAAAGGACUCGGAGGCAGCUCUGCUAUCAAUGGAUUGUACCUGACGCGCCCCGGUAAAGACGAGAUCAAUGCGUGGAAAGACCUGCUAGGAGACAUGGACGGCGCAGACAAUUGGUCGUGGGAUUCGUUCUACGCUGCAAUGAAGAAGAGUGAAACGUUUACUCCUCCUUCGGAUGCAAUUGCAGCCGAAGGAAAUAUCACGUGGGAUCUGUCUACUCGUGGUACCCAGGGACCGAUCCAUGCAUCGUAUCCUGGAUAUACAUUCCCCCAAGUCGGCGAAUGGAUAGAGUCCCUGGAGGCUAUGGGCAUUGCUCAGUCCAACGAAAUGUAUGGUGGUGAUGUUUACGGCGGGGAGGUCUCGACCUCGACCAUCAACCCUACAAAUUGGACGCGCUCGUACAGUCGGACAGGGUAUCUCGAUCCCCUCGCAGACAAUGGCAACUAUGAUGUCGUGGCCGAUGCUUUCGUCAUGCGCAUUCUGUUCGACAGUUCGUCUCCUUCGGACAAUCUGACGGCAAACGGUGUUCAGUAUACUCUUGAUAGCGGCAAGACGAAUUGCACAGUCAAAGUCAACAAGGAGGUUAUUCUGGCCGCUGGUACAAUUGGCAGUCCUGCGGUGCUGCUUCACAGCGGUGUCGGCCCGAAGGAUGUUCUUUCAGAUGCCGGAGUUGACUUGGUGUCUGAACUUCCUGGUGUGGGUCAACAUGUUCAAGAUCAUUUCAGCGCCACUAUCAAAUGGAACACGAGCGUUGUGACUUCUGGGUCGAUCUUCUAUCAGAAUUUAUCUGAAAAGAAUGAUACUCUCUACCUCUCCUACAUCGACUCAGCCAUUGCCUACGUCAACUCCACGCUGAUGUACGGUGACAAUCUGAACUCAUUGCAAAAGAACAUCACCACCCAAAUAAACUCAUACACCCUAAACACAACAUAUGAUGCAGGUGUCAUUGCAGGAUACAAAGCAAUAGCCAACAUGACGGCAACCACGAUUCUCGAGAGUUCUAUCGGCCAGAUUGAGCUUCUAUUCAUGAACAGCGAUUCAAAUGGUGAUAUCGGCAUCACUGCUGCCCUUCAACAUCCUUAUAGCCAUGGCCGCAUAUACAUCAACUCUUCAAAUCCGUUGGACUAUCCUGUGAUUGACCCGAAUUACAUGUCAUUUUCUGCCGAUUAUGAAAUCCUCCGUGACGGCCUCAAACUUGCUCGUCAACUCGGCAACACUGAGCCUCUAAGCGGCUGUCUCACAGCAGAGACGUCGCCCGGCUCCAAUGUGACAAGCGACGACGAUUGGCUUGAUUGGAUCCGCUCAGCAGCCAGCUCUGAAUUCCAUCCUUCAUCGUCCUGCGCCAUGCUUCCCCAAAGUCAAGGUGGUGUAGUCGACGCUAACCUCCGCGUAUACGGUCUUGCCAAUGUCCGCGUCGCAGAUGCCAGCGUUGUCCCGAUUGCAUUAUCGACGCAUCUCAUGGCGUCGACGUACGGAGUCGCAGAACAAGCGGGUAACAUCAUCCGUGCGUACUACACGAACACGACUACGACGGGCACUUCUGACCCUGGCUCUACGGCUUCGGCGACAAGUACGGCGUUGAGCGCUCAUGCGACUACUAGUUCUGUCACCACUCAGACAGCGCCUUCUGGUGGUAUCCAGACCGUAUCUGUGUCUGCUUGGACUGUUAUCUUCGUCGCAGCUGUUACCAUCUUCAUCUCUUUUUGA